AUGGCUGAAAGUAUACGGACCAUCUUCUGUGGGGACUCUGAGUGUUCAAAUGGAGUCAGAGUCAAUUGUAGUUCUAUUUUAUCUGCCAUUGAUGAUCCAUAUUCAUGUACCAACCAUGUUUUGAUCAUUUCUGCUGAAACACUCCUCCUGCUCGUCUUCCUAUUUAUUGUUUUAUACAAGUCAUCGACCAAAGUUGGAGCCUCACCACCCUCUAAAUGCAACUCAUCGCUAUCAAUUUCUUCUGUGGUUUUCAAUGGCGCUUUGGGUUUGGCUUACCUGGGCAUGGGGCUCUGGAUAAUUUCAGAGAGAUUGAGUUCCAAACAGAGCAUAACCCCUCUGCAUGAUUGGCUGGUCAUGGUAUUCCAGGGACUCACAUGGUUCCUGAUGGGCUCAACAGUGAGUUUUAAAAGGGGACAACAUCCACAUAGUAUAAUGGUGAAGAGUUCUUCAAUCCUCACCAUCUUUUUUGCAGCAUUUCUAUGCAUCCCAUCUGUUUCGAAAGCUAUUCAGGACAAAGAAGCAUCUGUAAAGAUUGUGUUAGACAUUUUGUCAUUUCCGGGAGCAAUUCUACUUGUCUUAUCUGCUUUUGGGGAACCUAACUACGAAGAAACUGAAGCAGGAACCAAAAGAAAUGCGCUCUAUGCACCUUUGCUAGGCAAAGAAGCGGAUAAUGGUGAGGAAAUUAGUAUGGUUGAGAAUGUAACUCCUUUUGCUGAAGCUGAAUUCCUGAAUAAACUAUCAUUUUGGUGGUUGAAUGCACUAAUGAAGAAGGGUAAACAGAAAACUCUUGAGAACAAAGAUAUUCCAAAGUUAAGGCUGGAAGAUCGAGCAGAAACAUGUUAUUUGAAGUUUAUGGAGCAAUUGAGCAUACAUAAAAGGAAAAGAUCUUCUGAUUCAUCCUCUAUUUCAUCUACAAUAUUUCUGUGGCAGUGGAAAGCUAUUUUGACAUCAGGCCUCUUUGCUCUGAUCAAAGUACUCACCCUGGCUAUAGGCCCCUUGCUUCUUAGAGCUUUCAUUAGGGUUGCUCAAGGCAAUGAGGCUUUUAAAUAUGAGGGUUAUGCUCUAACCGGGGGGCUCUUCCUUGCAAAAUGCUUUGAAUCAAUAUCAGAGAGGCAAUGGUAUUUCCAAACUCGACUUAUUGGUCUCCAAGUAAGGUCUUGCCUGUCUGCAGCUAUUUACAAGAAGCAGCUAAGGCUAUCAAGUGCCGCUAAGACAACUCAUUCUCCUGGAGAAAUAAUGAAUUAUGUGACUGUGGAUGCCAAUAAAAUAGGUGAAUUCCCAUAUUGGCUACAUCAAAUCUGGACAACAAGCCUUCAGAUAUGUCUUGCAUUGGUUGUUAUUUACUAUUCUGUGGGUUUAGCAUCUGUUGCAGCCCUAUUAGUGGUAAUACUAACUGUAGUAGGAAAUACUCCGGUGGCCAAAUUACAGUACAAGUACCUGAAAAAGCUUAUGGUGGCUCAAGACAGCAGGCUGAAGGCCAUUACAGAGGCUCUUACAAGCAUGAAACUUAAGGUGGCUCAAGACAGCAGGCUGAAGGCCAUUACAGAGGCUCUUACAUGCAUGAAAGUUUUGAAGUUGUAUGCCUGGGAGACACAUUUCAGAAAUGUUAUAGAAGUGCUUAGGAAAGAAGAAUAUAAAUGGUUAUCGGCAGUUCUCUCACAGAGAGGCUACUAUCUGGUUCUGUUUUGGUCGUCUUCCUUCAUUGUGUCGGCUAUUACUUUCUGGGCAUGCUACUUCCUUGGAAUCCCUAUGAAUGCUAGUAACCUUUUCACGUUUCUUGCAGCUUUACGUAUUGUUCAGGAGCCUAUCAGGUUGCUACCUGAUGUUGGGGGAAUGUUCAUUGAAGCAAAGGUUUCGUUAACUCGGAUUGAGAAGUUUCUUGAGGCACCUGAAUUGCGGAAUAGACAUAUCCAGGAGAAGUGCUUUGGAGAGGAACUUGGGAAGUCUAUAGUGCUUAAUUCCACAAGUAUUUCAUGGGAUUCUAACAAGUCAAAGGCUGCCCUAACUAACAUAGAUUUGGUUGUCAAACCUGGUCAAAAGGUAGCCAUAUGUGGAGAGGUUGGGUCAGGAAAGUCAACCCUUCUGGCUGCAAUUCUUGGAGAGGUUUCAAACAUCAAUGGCAUAGUUCAAGUUUAUGGAAGGGUAGCUUAUGUUCCUCAGUUAGCAUGGAUCCAAACAGGCACCAUACAAGACAAUAUACUGUUUGGGUCCACCAUGGAUCAACAUAAGUACCAAGAAGUACUUGAAAAGUGUUCACUAGUAAAGGACCUCGAAAUGCUUCCAUUUGGUGAUCACACUAUAAUUGGAGAAAGAGGUGUUAAUCUCAGCGGUGGGCAGAAGCAGCGAGUUCAACUUGCACGGGCACUAUAUCAAGAUGCAGAUGUGUAUCUCUUGGAUGAUCCGUUCAGUGCUGUAGAUGCACAAACUGCUGGCAGUUUGUUUAAUGAAUAUAUCAUGGGAGCUCUGUCAGGGAAGACGGUCUUACUUGUGACCCACCAAGUCGACUUUCUUCCUGCUUUUGGUUCGGUUUUGUUGAUGUCAGACGAAAAAAUCCUCAAGGCGGCUACCUAUGAUCAGUUGCUGGCUUCUAGUCAUGAAUUUCAAAAUCUUAUCAUUGCACAUAAUGACACUGUUGGUUCUCAGGGAGAGACCGAGUAUGGAUUGCAACAAAGGCCAAAAACCUCUGAAGAAGAGAUUCAAAAAUUACAUGCUGAGGAGCAGAUAGGAGCAUCUUUAGGAGACCAGUUGAUUAAGCAAGAAGAGNGCCAAAAACCUCUGAAGAAGAGAUUCAAAAAUUACAUGCUGAGGAGCAGAUAG